AGCGUGGUGGUAGGUUUGCGGCGAGGCAGAAAGGGCGGGAGCGCACCACGCGGCGACUGGAGGCACCUGAUGGAGCGAGCAUGGUUAACUGGGCUGACUUUCGGGCCCGCCCGCUGCUGGUGAAUCGCUCGUGGUGGGGCCUUUAACCAGCACCUCGGUCCCUUAAAGCUCUUCAAAAGGAGUUCCUCCAGCUCUUUAGAUGAAAUAUAAGGAAAAAGAAUACAGACAAGCAUGGAAGGUGAGGACACAAAGAAGAUACAAGAAAUGAAGACUGACCUGAAUUUAUUAUUGGAGUGUCUGAAGUAUCAAAUGGACAACCCUUUAUCACAAAAGGAAGCUUUGGUCACUAUUCAUUCAAUUUGUCAACAAAACAGUAAUGCUAGUGUUUAUUUUCAGGAAGUUGGUGGUUUGAUGUUUGUACAAAAUCUUGCAAAAUCAAGUGAACAUAGCAUGGUAAAAGAAGCAGCCUUAUAUACAUUAGGAACUGUUGCAGAACAAAAUGUUUACUGUCAGCAGACCUUGUGCACUUCAGAAUUGUUUGAAGACUUAAUUUUGUUCUUAUCUAAUGAUUCAAACACAAAUUUGAAAAGGAUGUCUGUUUAUGUUAUUUUGGUUCUAGUUUCAAAUAAUAGGAUUGGACAAACGCUUGUGAGAGAAACAGGUUGUAUUAAAGUUCUGUCACAUUUGUUCAGGAUAGUUCUUUCAAAAUAUGAGUUGAAUUUGUCAGAUAAAAAUGUUUUCCAGAGUUAUCAGUUGUGGUCUUCAGUGUGUAGCACUUUGUGUGUCUGUGUCAACAAUCCUCAAAAUGAUGAAAAUCAAAUGCUUUGCUCUUCACUUUUUCCACAUGCAAAUGACUGGUUAGUAAAUUGCAUAAAACCUGAGAUAAUUCGCCCUAUUUGUUCAUUUAUUGGACUGACUCUUGCAAAUAAUACAUAUGUUCAGAAAUACUUUGUAUCUGUGGGUGGACUGGAUGUACUGUCUCAAGUUCUUGUGCAACUGGAAUCUGAUUCACGCAAGACUCUUUCCAGUGCUAAGCUUGCAGUGGUGGUGAUAAAGACAGUGGAUGCGUGUAUUGCUGAUAAUCCUACUUUUGGGGAAGUACUAUCCAAGUACCAUAUUGUUUCAAAACUUCUGGCAUUACUGAUUCAUGAAAGUCUGGAUUCAGAAGAAAAAUUGGGCAUCAUUCUUACUCUUGGUCAUUGCACAGAGGCGUGUGAGGAAAAUCUGUAUGACCUUUUUAAAAACAAUGGGCUUCCACUCCUGAUACAAGCCUUAACUGAACAUCAGAAUGAGGAACUAAACAAAGCUGCCACUUUUGUGCUUUACAACUGCAAAAAAAUUACUGAGAAUUUAUCUCUAAGAGAAUAUUCUUUUGAUGAAAAUGAAGCAGAACAACUGAAGGACAUAAGUAUGAAAGAGAAGACUAUUGAAGAGUACUGGAAGAAAGCAAAGGAAAUUCUUCACAGAAUAGAACAGUUUGAAGCAGAAGGAAAUGAGGAAAAUAUACAAAGAGAAAAAUAUAAGGAUAAUGUUUCAUCUAUGAACAUAAAUAUUCAAAAUACAUUGAAACACCUCCAUGCAGAUAGUAUUGGUGAAGGUCCCAAAGCAGAAGAUGAUAAAAGCCAGUCUAGAAAUCUUCAGAGUUAUAAGUCCCAUGGAUUCAUGUCUAACGCAUGUGCAAAUGAUGACCAAAUGAAGACCCUGUUAAAGAGUGCAAAUCCAGUAAAUGCUUGUUAUAGGAAGAGUGGGCAAAAUGAGACUUUAUGUAAAGCCAGUGCAAGCUGCAAUCAAAACUUACAUGAAGAAACAACUUUUGGGGGAAAAAAAAUUGUUUCUCAAUCAAGUGACCGUGUUUUUAAACAUCCAAAUCCCACUGUCAAAAGUAGAAGGCAGCAAUUACCAGUAACAGAUCCAUUUACAUUAUGUUCAGAUAUAAUAAAUGAAGAAGUCAUCAAUUUUCUAUCAGCUGACAAUUGUUCCAAAAUGUUCAAGUAUAGAUGUUCAGGUUGCAUAGCAGUAGGAAAAUCUCUGAAUAGCCGAAAUUUUAGCAAGCUCUUGCACUCUUGCCCAUACCAAUGUGAUCGUCACAAGGUCAUUGUGGAAGCUGAAGACAGAUAUAAAAGUGAACUAAGGAAAUCACUUAUCUGUAACAAAGAAAUUCUGCUGACCCCGCGUAGAAAACGAUGUAGUAAUGACCCUAUGACCUCUGGAGGAAUAAAAAAAAGAAAAAUUCGUAAAAAUUAUACUGAAGAAGAAAUAAAUUACCUUUACAAUGGAGUUAAGAAAAUGGGAAAUCACUGGAAUUUAAUUUUGUGGUCUUUCCCUUUUCAACAAGGACGGAAGUCUGUGGACCUUGCUCACAAAUACCACAAGCUGACCAAACUCCCCAAGUGUGAGGCUCCUUUAUUGGAAGAAAACUUGUCAGUUUUAGUUUGAACUCUUAAAGUACAGUGCCUUGAAAAUACAAAAUGUAAAAUAUUCUUCUAAAGUCUCAUGAGACAAGGAAUGUGGAAACAGGGAUACUGUUUUCAUUAAAUACUUUUUGUGAUGAGAUAAACUACAGGUCAUCAAAUUAUUAAAAUAGUUUAUAAAACAAAUACAUUUUCAGGGUUUAGAUUGGUAAGAAAAAAAUUCCUUAAUGUCAAACAUUUCUUUAGGAAUAUGCUUUUAUUUUUCCUUAAGCUUAAAGAACAUAGGUCAGAGGAAAAAUUAUCAGCCUUUAAACAUUAUUUGACAUUAUAUUACAAUGACUACUAUGUGAGAUAUUUAUAUUUUAGUAUUCUUAUCCAGGGAAAAACUCUCCCCAGAAAGACAGAAUAGUUUCCCAAGCUGCUGGGUUCCCACACAUUAAAUCAAUGUUUGACAUUUUGUUAAUUAAAAUGUUUCCUCUCUUACAGGCUAAUUGAGCAAUUGCUUUGAAUACUUCCAAAUUCUAUGCAGGUUCACUUGUUUUUGGUGUAUGUUAAUUUGCUUU